UAAUAACUUUAUAUUAAUUACUUUAUUCUGGAAAAGGAUUAACAACAGGUAUUAUUGCCGUAAAACCAUAAUUUAGAGCAAGUAUGGAUUUGAAUCGGGGUCCGAUUGGACCACUGGUCGGAACCCAUUCACCCGACGAGAGUCUGUGUCUCCACAACAGGAAAUAUAAUACUUUUGUCAAUUCAAUUCUCUACACCUUUUUCACUGUUGAAAAUAGACUUAUUAGAGAAGCGAAUGAAUUAAUUGGCGGCCAAACGACGCGUUCAAUAUUAAGU